AUGUUUGGCUCUAGUGGCUUCGGCGGCUUCGGCCAGCAAAACAACCAACAGCAGCAGCAGCAACCUCAGCAGCAGACUGGCGGUCUCUUUGGCCAGCAGCAGCAGCCCAACACACCUGCGCAGACUGGCUUUGGCGCCUCGACUGGCUUCGGAUCAACAGGUGCCUUUGGCGCAGCGCAACCAGCAGCACAGACCGGCGGCGGUCUCUUCGGCCAACAACCAUCGCAAACACAGACACCUUCCUUCGGCGGCUUUGGCGCUUCCACCAACAAUGCAUCCACCACCGGCGCCUUCGGGGCGCGCCCCGCUGGUACCACUGGCUUCGGCGGCUUCGGUGCAUCUGCCGCCAACACAGGCACUGGCGCUUUCACUUUUGGAUCCACUCCCAACCAGCAACAACAACAGCAGCCAGCAGCAGGCGGCUUUGGCUCUUCCACCUUUGGUGCAUCCGCCCCAGCGACCGGUGGUCUCUUCGGUCAGCAGCCACAGCAGCAACCCGCCGCUGGUGGAUUUGGUGCAACGGCCGGUGCCUUUGGUCAGCCGGCUGCCGGCGCUGCUCCCAGUCAGAUCACCCAGGGCACUGCGACCGUGCCUUAUGACCCGCUUCGUGAAGACUUGACUCCAACCGAACACAUCAAGGACCGCAAGAACUGGGAUGUCCAGCAGGCCAUCACCGUUAUGCCCGCCUACAGCCAACACAGCGUCGAGGAGCUUCGUCUCAUGGACUACCAGCAAGGCCGAUCCAAAGGCAACACUGGGCCAGGCGCCACGGGGGCUCCUUCAACUGGCUUUGGCUUCGGCAGCAACACGAACACCACCACCGGCGCUUUCGGUCAGCCUCAGCAGGCCUCGACUGGCUUCGGUGCGACCCCAUCGACAAACACUACGGGUGGUCUCUUUGGCCAGCCACAGCAGCAGCAGACUGGUGGUCUCUUCGGACAACAAAACAACCAGCAGCAAUCAGGCGGUCUCUUUGGAGCCAAGCCUGCCACGACGGGCUUUGGUGCCUCGACGACGGGCGGAGGUCUCUUCGGUCAGCAGCAGAACCAGCCUCAGACGGGCGGCCUCUUCGGUCAACAGCAAAAUCAGCAGCAGCAGCCUGCUUCCUCGUUUUCCUUCGGCGCACAGCCGCAACAGCCCGCCGCAAGCACCGGCUUCACAUUCGGUGCCAACAACAACCAGCAGCAGCAGCAAAACAAGCCUGCGUUUGGAUUCGGCGCGUCCACCACACAGCCCGGCCAGACCGCCACCACUGGCUUUGGCUUUGGUGCCAACAACAACCAGCAGCAGCAGGGUCAGACGGGCACGGGCUUCGGUGCCGGCGCUACCGGCACCACGGGCGGGUUCUCGUUCGGAGCCAAACCUGCCACCGGCGGUCUCUUUGGUAGCACCACCACGCAGCCGGGUCAGGCAGCCGGCGCCACCAGCACCUUUGGCGGCUUCGGUGCCGCUGCCAACACAGCUACGCAGAACAAGCCCGCCUUUGGAUUUGGCGCAGGUGGAGGAUUCGGCGCUACUUCCGGCGCGACGACGGGCACGACGGCCGCCCCUGCUGCCACUGGCGGUCUCUUUGGCGGUGCUAGCACCACGCAACCCAGCGGAGGCCUCUUUGGCAACACCAACACCGCCGCAGGAGGUGCUACAGGCACGACAGGAGGCUUCAGCUUCGGUGCCAACAACAACACCCAGCAGCAGACUGGCACCACGGGUGGCUUUGGAGGCGGACUCUUCGGAGCCAAGCCCGCGGGUCAGACUGGCACGCAGCCGGCCUCUGGCGGGCUGUUCGGCAACACAGGCGCCCAGACGGGCCAAGCGGCCGGCACUGGUUUCGGUGCGGGCGCAACUACUGGCGGUGGGCUCUUUGGCAACACGGCCAACAAGCCUGCCACGGGCGGCUUCUCGUUCGGCACGGGUGGCGGCUCCUCUCUGUUUGGCGGCAACAACCAGCAGAACAACCAGCAGCAAGGUGCCGGUGGUCUGGGCGGUGGCUUCGGUCAGACGCAGAACAACACGACCGGAGGUCUUUUUGGACAGUCGAACCAGACUUCGACCGGCACGACCGGCGGAGGUCUCUUUGGUGGCGCUAGCAACACGGGAGGUUCAUCGCUCUUUGGCAACACCGGCACUUCCACGACGGGCGGUGGCCUCUUCGGCAGCUCGACGCAGAACACGACGGGUGGCGGUCUCUUCGGCGGACUUGGCGGUGCACAGAACCAGCAGGCCUCGGGUGGUCUCUUUGGCCAGUCUCAGCAGAACCAACAGCAGCCUGGUUUGCUUCAGAAUCAGCAGCAACAACCCACCAUGCAGGCGUCGCUCGACUUGAACCCCUACGGCACCGACAGUCUUUUCGCAUCGAACCCGAUCAAUGGCGCGGCUGGCGGUUCGGCCGCCAACGGUGCUUCUCUGCCCUUCAACGUGGCGUCCAAGAACAAGCCGCCUCUCACCACGCCUUUCCGCUCCAGUCCGCGCGGCGCCAACAAGAUCAACCGCCUGCGUGGCUCGACGCCUGGUGCUUCGGGUCUCGGCAACUCCAGCUUUGUCCGUGAAGGCACGCCCGGAUCGUUCCGAGAGGGCACCCCUGGCGCUCACGCUCGUUUCGGCACGCCUGGUCGCGGCGGCUCGCCAGCUCUCUUCAAGGGCUUGAGCGACGAGUACAGCCAGCCGCUGUCUUCGCAGGCGUUCGUCUCACGACCCUCGGCAAAGCGUCUGGUGCUCGACGAUGCCGGAGAGAACAGCUUCUCGGCUUCGCGCAUCGGUCGCAGCGGCAGCGUUCCUCAAUUCGAAUCUGGAAGUAGCCCAGCUGUGGGCUCGCUCGCUGGAUCCGCUUUCCGCAGCGGGACCGUUCAGCCUGGCUCGGCAUCGCGUGUCACCUUCAGCCCUGCUCUGGAGCAGCGUGCUGAGUCGGUGCGACCCGGCGGAGGCGAUCUGUCGUUCGCCUCGUCGCUGCCUUCGCGUCGCGGUAACUUCCUUGGCGACGCUUCGACUACCGUGGUUCAAGACACGCCGCUCAAGACGGUCUCGGCCGCUGCUGCCAAGGCUGGCGCGCCGCGUCAGGGUCGCGACCUCGAGUCAUCGUUCGCUUCAGCACCCAGCUCCAGUCCGAGUGCUGCCACCAACGGGUCCACUGCCUCCACUGGCAAGGUCGGCGAGUACUACACUGAGCCUUCGCUCGCCGCUCUGCGCACUGCUAACUACAAUGAGCUCGCUGCUGUGCACAACUUCAUCGUGGGACGCAAGGGGGUCGGCCAGAUCGAGUUCCUCGACCCGGUCGACCUCACCUCGAUUGGCGACCUCAACGACAUUGUCGGCGGUAUUGUGCAGAUUCGACUCAAGGAGGUGGUCGUCUACCCCGAGGAAGACGACUACGACCCGCGCAACCCCAAGGACGGCGCCAAGCGAAACUUUGUCCCCGGCCUCAAGGCCAAGCAGGGCACCGGACUCAACGUGCCUGCACGCGUCAGCCUCGAGGCGUGCUGGCCUACCGACCGCGCCACUCGCGAGCCUAUCAAGGAUGCCGAGCAUCCUCGUGUCAAGCAGAUGAUCAACAAGCUCAAGAACAAGCCCGAGACCGAGUUCGUCGACUUCGAGCCCGAGUCUGGCACUUGGAGUUUCAAGGUCAAGCACUUCAGUCGUUACGGUCUGGACGACUCGGAUGAGGACGAGGAGGCUGCUGGCGCCGGUGUCAAGCAAGCUGCUUCUGCCACCAAGGCUAACGCUGUCGCCAACGCAAAGCGACCUGCCAGCAAGCGUCUUGCACCUAUGAAUGCCAGCGAGGAUGACAUGUCGGACGAAGAUAUUUCUGUUGUUGGUGGCACCUUUCACAGCGAUGACGAAGACGACGACGAUGAUGACGCGCCGCCGCCACUGCGGACGCUCGACGACGGGGACAUGGAUACCGAUGACGAGGCAAGCCAGGCGGCUGCUGCCGCGGUCGCUGCCGCCAAGCGUCGUCAGCAGCGCCAGUGGACGCCCUCGUCCAGCGUCACGGGUCGUGAACGCGGUGGCAGCACAACACCUUCGCGAGCCAUGUCGAACAUCGGCAACACCGCCGAGGCGAGACGCGUGCAGGUGAUGCAGGCGAGUUUUUUUGGACAAGACGACAGUAAACUAGCUUCCGCUGCUGUCGUUCCUGCCAAACCAAUGGGAGCCGGCCUGAGCACUAAGAAGACGCUCCACCUCAGGCCAUCCGCCGCUGUAUCGUUGGAACCACGCAAGCCAGUCUCGCCGUUGCCAACAUCAGCAGCUGCCGCUGCACCGGCACUCGGACAAAAGGACCGAAUGGACGAAACUGCGCCAGUCGAACCUCGAAAGGCAGCUGUGCAAGAGGUCCAGCAACCGGCAAAGAAGCUGCGCAAGCUCGAUGUCGCCAAGUCGGACGCGGUGAGUGCGGACGGCGAGAUCCUCGAUGCUGGCCUGUCGCUCGGACGCAGCUUCCGAGUCGGAUGGGGUCGUGACGGCACCUUGGUGCACAACGGCAGAAUCGUCCACCUCGGUCGAGACGAGGCGAGCUCUACUGCCAAGACGGAAGCUGAAGCUGCGGCAUCAGCAAGCACCUCGACGCUCGUCCUCGAAAAGGUCAAGCUCUUCAAGGACGCCGACACGUCGAAGCAGGAAGCAGAGCGCGCUCAGAAGUUGCUCAGCGUCCAGCUCGAAAACACCAAUGUCGAGCUCGACGACGACGGCGUGCCCACAGCCUACACCGACUUUGGCACGCGCUUCCGACACUUUGCGUCGUCGUUCGAGCACAAGGAUCGCAGCUUCGAGGCGAGUCUGUGGCGACUGGGCGUAGCGCUGUUUGACGAGAUCGAGCUGCACAUCCCCGAAGGUGCGGCUGCCGCAACGGCGGACCGCAUCCGCAACAUGCGAAGGAAAGCAGCGUUGUCGGACUGGCUUCGUCACACGGUGGCUGGCACGGUCGAGACCGAGGCGCGAUCGCACAUCGCUGCUUCACGACGCGCUGCGUUGCUGUUCAGCUAUCUCAGCGGUGAUCAGGUUGAGCGUGCCGUCAAUGCCGCUCUCGAUGCUGGCGAUUUGCGACUCGCGACGUUGAUCGCACAGGCCGGCGGCGACGAAGAAGUUCGUGCCGACAUCAGCGAGCAGCUGCUCACCUGGCGGAAGGAGGGUGUCGACGCGCACAUCACACGCGACCACCGCAGAGUGUACGAGCUGCUUUCGGGCAACGUGCUCGUCUCGAAGGGCACCGAUCCGCGAACGACCAAAGAUCCGAUCGACCAGGUGAGCGAUCUGCCCAUCUGCGAGGGUCUCGAUUGGAAGCGUGCAUUCGGCCUCUUCCUCUGGUACGAGUCUCCGUACGAAGCAUCGUUGGAACACUCGUUCGAGCGCUACGAGGCGCAGAUUUCAGCCACUGGGUCCAACAGCGCGAGCAUCGCCCCUCCUCUCCCUUGGUACCGCGAGAGCUCGAGCCUGGGCGCAACACGCCUGCGUCAACUGCUGCAGAAGCCAGGUGGCUACGAUCGCGAUGCGCUGUUCGAGCUGCUCAAGCUGUACGUCGACCCGACGUACGGUCUCGAGCCUGCACUCAACGCGUGUGCGUUCGGCCCGUCGAACGUCGAUGCUCGCCUGCCUUGGCAUCUGUACAAUCUGCUCUCUCGCGUGCUGCAGCGACGUGAUUUUGGCGAUCGCAUCGAGCUCGGUCUGAGCGAAGACGACGACGAUGGGAUGCACGAUGCCGAUCUCGACGGUCCGAGCGCAGCCAGGUCAAGAAAAGUGCAAGGCAACUCGGCAAGAGCAGACACGCUCGCCUCGUCCUACGCCACCCAACUCGAACUGCUCGGUCAGUGGCGCUGGUCCGCCUUUGUUCUGCUCCAUCUCGAGCUCUCCUCCAGCCGGGAGACAGCGAUCAAGUCCCUCCUCUCGCGGCACGUCACUUCGCUCGACCUCGAACGCGACUUCCUAUGCGAUCGCCUGCUGAUUCCGGAAUCCUGGCUGUUCGAGGCGAAAUCCUACGCCGCGCGCGCACGGGACGACCGAUACGGCGAAUACCAGCUUCUGCUGCAAGCGCAUGCCUGGGUGGCAGCACACAACGUGGCGGUGCACCAUCUGGCGCCGGAAGCGAUCAUCCGAGGGGACCACGAGUUGGUCUCCGUUCUGUUCUCGCCGUUCUACCUCCAAGUCGGGGAUCCGGCGGAUGAGAUCCCGGGUUGGGCCGAGGGGGGUGCGGUGUACAUCGACUAUGUUGCUGCGUCGCGCGAGGUGCCGGGGUUGAAGGCGAUGCUUUCUGAUCCCGAAACGCGGGGGUUGGCGAUGGAAAAAGCGGAGUGGUAUGCGGCGCGAUUGCCGAGUCUCACAGCCGGGGUGAAUGGUUUGUUGGCCAUCCCGGGUGGUGGGCCGUUGAAUGCGGCGCAGCGAACACUUAUGGUGGCGCGAACGGAGAUGGUCGCGGGCAUCACGAAUUUGGCGCGCAUAUUGAUCGUCUUGGCGUCGACGGCGGAGGCGGCCGAGAGGGGGAGGCUGGAAGGUAUGGCUGCGAGACUGCUGGCCAGCAACGCGGUGAGUGGCAAAGAGGGCGAGUGGGAUGCGGCUGCGCUGGAGGUGGGUGCUGUGCAGGCGAGCGCCGAGGACUACUUGGCGUCGCUUGUUGGCGUUUGA